AUUGUUCUAUGGUUCUAUGAUUCUAUGAUUUUAUGGGCCGGGUCAGAGGCCGGGGUGGGGCAGAGCCGCGGGGCGGAGGCGGGCGCCGCUGGGAGCCCCCGGGCCGGUCCCGCCCCGCCAUGGCCGCCGCGCUCCGCCGGACGCCGCCGCCGCUAGUGGUGAUCCUGGGCGCCACCGGCACCGGGAAAUCCGCGCUGGCGCUGCAGCUCGGGCGGCGCCUCGGCGGGGAGAUCGUCAGCGCCGAUGCCAUGCAGGUGUACAAGGGCUUGGACAUCAUCACGAACAAGGUUUCUCCCCAGGAGCAGCGUCUGUGCAGACACCACAUGAUCAGCUUUGUGGAUCCCCUGGUCUCUAACUACACAGUGGUGGACUUCAGAGACAAAGCUGUGGCUCUGAUUGAAGAUAUCUUUGCCCGAGACAAGAUCCCAAUUGUUGUGGGAGGAACCAACUACUAUAUCGAGUCCCUGCUCUGGAAGGUCCUUAUUGACACCAAGGAGAAGGCUGGUAAGGCUCCUGGCUCGGUCACUGACAGGAAAGUGGAGCUGGAACAGCUGGACAGUGUACAGCUCCAUCGCUGUCUGAGCCAGGUGGACCCAGAGAUGGCAGCCAAGCUACACCCCCAUGACAAGCGCAAAGUGGCCAGGAGCCUCCAAGUGUUUGAAGAGACAGGGAUCCCUCACAGUGAAAUCUUACGCCAGCAGCAGGAGGAAGAAGGUGGGGGACCCCUGGGGGGGCCCCUGAAGUACCCACAUUCCUGCAUCCUGUGGCUCCAUGCAGACCAGGCAGCUCUGGACCAGCGGCUGGAGAAGCGGGUGGAUGACAUGCUGGCUGCAGGACUGCUGGAGGAGCUGCGGGACUUCCACCAGCGCUACAACCGAGAGAAGGUGGCUGAGAACCGGCAGGAUUACCAGCAUGGCAUCUUCCAGUCCAUUGGCUUCAAGGAGUUCCACGAGUACCUCAUCAGUGAGGGGAAUUGUUCGCCUGAGACCAGUGCCCUGCUGCUGGAAAAAGGGAUCCAGGCCCUGAAACAAGUGACCAAGAGAUAUGCCCGGAGGCAGAACAAAUGGGUCCGAAACCGCUUCCUGAAACGUCCUGGGCCCAACGUGCCCCCCGUGUAUGGCUUGGAGGUGUCUGAUCUCUUGCGGUGGGAGGAGGAUGUGCUGAAGCCAGCUCUGGAAAUUGUGGAGAGCUUCAUCCAGGGCCGUGAGCCUCCAGCAGAGCCUGUGAGGAUGGAAUAUGAUGUAAACGAGAACAAGCGGAGUCAUCGUAUGUGUGAGCUCUGCAACCGACUUAUCAUCGGGGACAGGGAGUGGGCAGGGUUGUUUACAGCCCGUGUAUGAAAGCAGCCAUUUUGCAGGCCUGGAGGGAGUGCAGGAGCCGUGCCACAGCCACCAUCUGCCAGGCUUCCCUGCAUUUUCCCCCACAGCAGCCAGUAAACACUGCCACGCUCCGCCAUCUCGCCAGGCGUGGCGAUUGAUACGCAGCAUCGGAGCGAUUGGAUUGAUACACCUCGGAGCUGUCUGCCUUUAGUUGGGAUUCCAGUCCUUUGCAGCACUUCAGAUACUUUGUCAAAAAGUGUAGAACAAAUAUAUUUUUUCUAAAAUUUUUUUUGUGUAAAAUGAAAGUUUCUUAAUGUUUUUAAUAGCUCAGUUUUGCUCCAAUAUUUCCUAUUUGUCUGGUUUUUUUUUUUUUUUUUUUAAAAAACGUGUUUCUAGCUGUAAUAGGAAGGGAUUUUCUGUUUUCAAUAGACUUUAAAAGAGCUCAGCUGGAACCAGAUUAACUCAGUGAAUUUAUCUGUCCUGUGAGGCUCAUGCUGAGAACUAGAAGCAAAAAGUAGUGGAGAAACUAGCUGCAGAAAUGGAACUGGUACAUCUCCAUGUGUUGCCCACAUGCAGUAUAUGCAGACACGAUGCAAAGAUAAAUUUCCCAGGUCAUCAGAUCUGAAAGAGUUGCUUAUUCCAAUUGAGCAGGGAACUGUUGAAAGCAAAGAUGGAAGUUUGCUCGGGAUAGGAAGCUCGUGGUGAGAUCAGUUUGUAAGUGUAAUUGUUAUUUUAGCCUGUCUCAGCUUGGAGGUACUUUGAAAGAGCUGUUACUU